AUGACUUCCUUGCCAAUCAGGAUGGCGGCCGUAAGAAAGCCAAAAGGCUUGACGGACCUCCCUCUCGAAAUGCUAUGGAAGAUUUCCGAGAAUCUAUCAUCGGCAGACAUUGCUUGUCUCGCCCUAACAAACCGUCAACUCCUGUCUUCCUUUGUUGAUACUGCUUUUGAGAACUUUCAAUCCUACCGCACCCCUCCAGACCGCGAUACCAGUCCAGACCACCAUUGCUUCGACGAAAUUCGUCUAAAUCCGCAAUCACGCCCCCCUGUCAAUAGAUCCCGGGAUAACGCACGCGUUGAUUUGCUAUCUCGAAUUUCCCGCGACCAACCGAACUACUAUCUAUGCUUCGACUGCCUUCAGCUCCAUUUCUGGAAAAGGGUCGAGCGGCUCACAUGGGAAAAUGUCAAGUUCACCCACGACACACAUGGCUUGAGUCCCCUCGAUCUGCGCCUUCAACAACCUCUGGCUAUCUCUCACUACCCGACUGAUUCCCUCCACGAGUUACAUUUCGCGCAUUUGCAGCUUGUCAUGAGAAGAUUUUAUCAUGGGCCCGAAGCCGAACGCUCGCGAUUAUUCCUGCACCUGACUGAAAACAAAUCGGAAGGAAAGACCGGGAAAGAUCUAAAGAUGACUCUAUUCUCUGUGGAGGGUCGGAUUUGCACCACGCCUCCGAGUCUAUACAUACGGACCCAAGGAAUAGCGGUAGUCCCACGAAAAUACCUAGAAAGAUAUUUCAUACAAAUGAGGUGGUGGGACUGCGAUAUCGCACAAUUUUACGUCUGCAUGGAUGUUCCAACUCAGUCGUCCAAAUUCGAAGAGCAUUUUGAAUCUUUGAUUCGCCGUCAUUGUUCUGCCCCUCACCCAUAUGUUGCCGACAAAGGGACUUGUGAUGCAUGCAAAAAAAGUUGGCUGUUUGAGAUUCGACCCAUGGAAGAAACGAAUGUGAGCCUCACUCUCACCGUGUGGACAGACCUGGGGCCAGGUCUCGCCACGAAUGACACCCAUUGGGACUCUCAUCUUUGUGGUUGGACUGAGGAGGCUGCGGCACAACAUAGAAUGGUGGACCCCCGCAAACGGUUUGAGAGGCAUUCCGUCCAACCUGAGUCUCCAAAUGCUUUGUGUGUGGAUCAAAUUUAUUGCAGGAAUAUCCGUCUAUUGAAAGAGGAGAGACAUCGAGAGGAGUCAUCUCGAUCUUUGACAGAUUACGGGAGGCCCGGAGUGUACAUGUUGCACGGGGAUCCUUCGAAAAACCCACGUCACUCUCGGAGGAUAUUCGCAACCCAUACUGACGAGAUUUCUGACUCCAGGAAAAAAGCCAGUCUCCAAGAAGAUCCCUACUUGGAUCUAUCUAAGCUACGGCGUUUCGAGAUGUAA